AUGACCGGGAAAAAGCACCAAUUUGCCAAAAAUCUCCAAGAAAACCUAACAAAUUCUUGGGAAAUGAGGAAAAGCACUAUUACUCAAGCUCUCAAAGCUCCAACUCAAUUCCGUAAUGACUAUCAAUCUCCGGACUUUAUCCAUUUGCAAAAAAAAUUGAGAUCGAUCGGCAACGAAAAGCAAUCGCUAAAUUGCAUCUUGUUUCUGAAAUGCGCAAUAAAAUGUUGA